AUGGAGUGUGGUGCGGCCGGCGGCUUCUCCGAGGAGCAGUUCCGGGAGGCCUGCGCGGAGAUCCAGCAGCGCGCGCCGGCAGGGGCCAACUGGGAGCUGCUGGUGGAGACCCUGGGCUUCAGCAUCUACGGGCUGCUGGACCAGCAGACGGGACUUUAUGAGUAUAAAGUCUUUGGUGUUCUGGACGACUGCCCUCCGGCUUUACUCGCAGAUGUCUACAUGGACUUAGACUACAGAAAACAGUGGGACCAAUAUGUUAAAGAACUCUAUGAAAAGGAAUGCAAUGGAGAAACCGUGGUCUACUGGGAAGUGAAGUACCCUUUUCCCAUGUCCAACCGAGACUACAUCUACAUCCGGCAGCGGCAAGAGCUGGACGUGGAAGGGCGGAAGAUCCAUGUGGUCCUGGCCCAGAGCACUUCUGUGCCGCAGUUUGCCGAGAGGCCUGGUGUGAUCCGGGUAAAUCAGUACAAGCAGAGCCUCGCAAUCGAGAGUGAUGGCAAGAAGGGAAGCAAAGUUUUCAUGUAUUACUUCGAUAACCCUGGUGGCCAGAUUCCGUCCUGGCUCAUUAACUGGGUCGCCAAGAAUGGCGUCCCUAACUUCUUGAAGGACAUGGCAAAAGCCUGUCAGAAUUACCUCAAGAAAACCUAAGAAAGGGAACGAAUGGUGUGUCCAUGGAACGAUGUCUCUGCAAGUGCCACAAGCCCACUGAUGCUCAGCUUUUCUUUCACUAUUCUAUCUUCGGAGGCCUGCACACUGUCCCACACAUCGUCCCCAAGUGUGUUUGCCUGAUGCCUGGCUUCCUUUCCCACUCUCCCCACCCCGGGACUGGCUGCCUUCUUCCACUAAUGAAUGUGGGUCAGAUUAGGGAAACUUUUGCUUGUUUAUUUUUAAAAAGGGAAGUCCUCAAUAGGGGACACAAUCAUUCCAUUGUGCCAUCUUAGGGGGAUGGGUGGGUGGAGGAACAACAAAUGCAAGGGCAACCAAUCCUGGCAAGCUGGCUCCUUCCCAGAAUGUGACUUCUUGCAACCCAGGAGGGGCUGCUGGGAUGCCAUCCCCUUCAGACUGGACUCUUGGUGCAUCAGACUGGAAGACACGUGCUGAUGUCCAUUUGCCUGAUGCUUUGGUGUGUUGAUUUGGCUGGGGUCUGAGGUGAUGAUCCAGUAAGUCUUUCCACCAUUUGUACUUGUAGAAGAUCCUGAGCUGUUUUGAUUUCAAACCAUGUUGAAACACAUGGCAGGCCUGAUUACACACUUAAUGUGAUAGCCAUGUUUUCUUAUCAUCUAUGUCUGGGAUUCUCCUUCCCACAAGCCACUGGAGAGAGGCUGACCAUACCUCACUAGCUCUGCAUUUUAUCAGAAACUGAGGCAUCAUGAUGGCUCUCUGGCAGUUUGCAAAAGUCAAAAUACUGUGCGCACAGCUGUGACAAAGUGUCUUUAUAGGCAAUAAAAUGAAUUUCCCUUCUAGAAUGUUUGGAGAUUCUGAAGGGAUAAGAGUUCACAACCAGGGAAAUAUUAAUUAGUGGAUUGGAUGACUCUACAACUUUUUUCUCAGGAAUUCUACCUAAGAUGUCUGCCUCUUCUACCGCUAAAAGACGUCCAGUUUCCUGUUUUCUCCUGAAUUUUGGUAGAGCAAGAUAUUCUGUGGCUCAAGGCAUAGCCUUAAUGAUCUCAGGGAAAAAUUGUAACCACUGUGUGUGAUGGCACUGAACCCUGAUUAGGGGUCAUAGACAUUUAGGAUGUAAAGCCAGAAGCAAAGGAUUUAUUAAAAUGUGAUACCUCAGACUAUAUGUUUUCUCUCUGG